UAUGAACAACGGCUAUUUACAAUACACCUCGCCACCAGAUUGGAAUUUAGACGCCUUUGCAGAUUGGGUUGCUACCAAUCAUUCUGAUGACAAAAAGAAAAUAAUAGACUACAUGAAAAAAAGUCUUGAGAUAUACAGCAACAACAUUCACAUUAACCCAGACGCAAGGCAAAAAGCAGAUGAAUUACUUUAUAAUAUAAAGAAUUGGAAGAGUGACAAGGCUAAGAUCGGUUAUUUCCAGAUAUUAAAGGAUAAGAGGAAAAUAGCUGUGUUACAAGGCGAACAAGAAGCGCUACUAGCUGACAUUGAAUGUUCAGCGAUGCGAAAUCAUACAAAUGCAGCAGUAGCAAUUCAACAACGAAUUGCUGAAAAAUUCAUAGGG